AUGCGCGGUCACUCCGAGCAUCGCUCACAUGCCUGGAAACCGGAAGAGAUUUACAAUACCUGCGUGCAAGCAAUCGAGGGUCGAUGUAAUCGGCGCACCAAAGUCGUGCACGACUAUAAAAUUGCGAUCAAGGAAUUCUUGGCCAGGGUAGAGAUCAUCCUCAUCAACGAGUUGUCCCGCGCCCUCGAGCAGUCCAACGAGCCGGACAGGGUGCUGAUUGGGAGGUUGAAUCGGGCCUUAUCGACGUCAUACCUGAAAGACGAUCGGCCCUCCCUCUACCAUGUCCACUCCCCGUCCCGGCCACAGUGGAAAACGUGGAAUCUCGAUCAUGAGGACCCGGCAAAGAUGGCGCAAAUCAUCGAGGCGGCCAAGGAACUCCUCCGAUUGCCCAGAGCCGAAAUUUACGAGGAAGAUCUUCUGCCAAACCUUCGAGAUCGUUCGGAAUGGGACGCGAGAGCAGCAGCUGAGGUGAUCGCCAUCCAACUCGGCACCCACAUCCACCACGAUACGGCCAGCACGGCUGGAUUAUCCCGAGCCACGACACCGGAUGGUCGAACAUUGUGGUCAUCCGACGGCGACUUGAAGCGCCGCGGGAUCAGCGUCGACUCGAUAUCAAGACGGACAAGUUCAGGCCAGCUGCCCUUGGAACCCAGUGUUUUUGUCCGCGAUCGUCCCUCUGUGAUGUCGUUCCGCGAGAAAUCGGUGCCAUUAGAAGAAGCCGAGUCUCCCGAUCAUUCCCUGGCGAACGGCGCUGUGUCGAUGGGAGCCCUAUCGACGUACAGUAAUAUACCGUAUCAACCGCCCACUAGCGCCAUGUCAACGCUACCACCGUAUCCGGCUGAUGACACCCUCAACACGACACUGUCCUCCAACACGACUCCCGUCCCUAACUCUUCACCGGCCCCCGGCUCGAGCAGUAACCCAAAUGGAAAAUUCGCGUCAUUUGGCGAGAAUUUCCUGACGCGCCCGAUCUGCGUGCAAUCGUUUCAACUGCAGGGCAAACCGCCGAUGCUCGCCCUGUCGGAUAGUUGUGGAGGUGUCUACAUCACGACCCCUGAAGGCGAGAUCACCGACCACAUCCUCAUCAAGAACUCGUCCGCCUCGUCGGUGGCUGUUGAUGAGAAAAAUGCGAUCAUGUACGUCUCGGGGAAUAAGAAGCUUGAUGCAAUCCCCUGCCCGAAGGACCCGAAAAUCGAGCUCAGCCGCACGCGAUGGCUUACUGUAGGCCCGCGGGGGCAUCUUUUUAUGACGAGUGGCGACAAUCUGAAAUCGGCACUGUGGGUGUAUAUGAGGAGCAGAAAGGCCUGGAAAACGCUGAAGGAAUCGCGCAAAUCGAGAUACCAAUAUUUGAGCGUGGCCGAGGAUCAGUCCGACUACAAGGCGGUCGUGUUGUUGACGUGCGACGCGGCGAACAAUCGUCUCCUGCUCUUUGUCGUCGACAGCCAGCUGUCGUUGAUCAACGAGUACGACCUGUCGGUGACGUACAACCUCGGCCAGUACAUCUCAUCCCCGGCGAGCGCGAUUGUCGACAAGACGGGCCACCUGCUGAUCAUGGACUACGCGAACGGGAAGGUGCAGAUCUUGCUGAGCGGCGAGAAGGGAGUGCGAAAAUUGCGAGAAGUCACCUUCCUCGAACCCCUCCAACCACAAAUGGCACUCGGACUGACCGUGCUGGGCGACUACGUCUACGUGGCCUGCUUCAGCACCCGGGAAGUGCGCCGGACGCGAUAUCUGGAGAACGGCAAAUUCAGACAAUUCCACCCGCCGGCGGCGUUGGCAGACGCGGCAGCGGCUGCGUUGCGGCCGAAGGCCAUCCUGGCCAAUGGGCGAAGUCCGAUGGGGGAGCGGAGAGCGAACUCGGUCCCGCGCCCUCCAAACACCCACAUUUCA